CGUAGCAGUAAGCAGUUAACCAGUCAAAACACCUCGACUUCGGCCUACGAAGUUGUGUUUUUUACACUUUGGGGACGGCCUUUGCCUUGACAAACUUCCGAUCCGACGGUCUCUCCACCCCAUUGGCGACGCGAUUGGAGCACACAAAAGGGAAAAUUUUCCGGAUUCCGAUUAGAAGAUCAUUUAACAUUUCCUUCUCCAAAAAUCCAAUUUUCCUGCCCAAGGUCGUGAUUUUUUAAUUGCAUUGAUUUCGAGGAAAAGGCGUCUAUGAUCUUUGGGCGGCGAUCUUAUUUUUGGCAGCGCUGGGGCGAGAGGAGUGCCGUCGGAUGCUGCAGCCGUUGCCGCGGGCGCGGCUGCAGGUUUGGUUUGUUAGGGUUUGUUCGUGCGUCCUCGUUUGGACGUGCUUAGCUCAGCUUGUUGCCGUCGGUGAUCUCUGGCACGGCCAUUCUCGUCUGCCAGUAGCCGUGCGAUUUUUUCUCAGUUUAGGAAAUGAUGCUGCGGUGUCAAGUUUGUCGCUUCGCCACCAGUUUCAAGACUUUGUGCCCGCUUCUCCUCCAUAUGUUCCCUUGAGAGUCUAUAAAAGCAAUGGUUAUCUCAAAGUAUCCUGCAAUGGAGGUCUAAAUCAGAUGCGUUCAGAGGUGAUAUGCGACAUGGUUACUGUUGCCCGCUUUUUAAAUCUAACAUUAGUUGUUCCGGAGCUUGACAAGAGAUCUUUUUGGGCAGACACCAGCAACUUUGGAGACAUAUUUGAUGUGAACCAUUUCAUCAAUACUUUAAGGGAUGAAGUGCAUAUAGUUAAGAGAAUUCCAAAGAGAUUUAAAGGACCAAAAAAUAUGCUUGAGAUGCCUCCAAUCAGUUGGUCAAAUGAGAACUAUUAUCUAAGACAGAUUCUUCCACUUUUCAAUAAAUACAGUGUCAUACACUUCAAUAAGACAGAUGCGCGCUUAGCAAAUAACGGCCUCCCUCUUGAAUUUCAGAAGCUUAGGUGCCAUGUUAAUUAUCAGGCAUUGAAAUUUACUCCUCAAAUUGAGGCAUUAGGGAAUAAGUUGAUUAAAAUUCUACAAGAAAGGGGCUCUUAUGUAGCAUUACACUUGAGGUAUGAAAUGGACAUGCUAGCAUUCUCUGGAUGCACUCGUGGUUGCUCUGUGGAGGAAGCAAAUGAGCUUAAGAGGUUAAGGUAUGCAUAUCCAUGGUGGAGAGAGAAAGAGAUUGAUUCUGUAGCCAAGAGAUUGCAAGGCUUAUGUCCCCUUACGCCAGAGGAAACUUCACUAGUUCUACAAGCUUUGGGAUUCAAUAAUAGUACUCAAAUCUAUGUUGCUUCGGGUGAGAUAUAUGGCAGCGACCAUCGGCUUACAGAUUUACGUGCGGCAUUUCCUCGACUGGUGAGAAAGGAAAUGCUUCUUGACCCUGAAGAUCUGCGUCAAUAUCAGAACCAUUCUUCUCAAAUGGCUGCAUUGGAUUACCUGGUUUCAAUAUCUAGUGAUAUUUUUAUUCCUACUUAUGAUGGAAACAUGGCUAAAGUUGUAGAAGGUCAUCGCAGAUAUCUUGGCUUCAGGAAAAGUAUUGUAUUGGAUAGAAGAAAGGUAGUAGAAUUACUUGACCUGUAUGCCAAUAAAACACUUUCUUGGUCUGAAUUUACUAGUACUGUUCAAGAGAUCCAUAAGAACAGGAUUGGACAGCCAAGCUGCAGAAAGGUGUUGAUUAACAAACCAAAGGAGGAAGAUUACUUCUAUGCUAACCCAUAUGAAUGCCUUAGUAAUUCGACCGAAUGCGAGGAACCAUCCAAUUCUUCAGAUACUCUAAGAUGAGUCAGUUCGGACGAAACCGUAUGAUAAUUUCAAGCCCCACUGCAGCUCUGUUGAAAUACAGACCAAUAUUUUUACUGCCUUGGGAUCCGGUCGUCGGAAAUUUCAACCAUUUUUCAUAUUCUUUUUGUUCUUUAGUUUAUAUUAGUCUGUGAUUUCAUAUGAAGGCUGAAGAAUGCAGUUCUGUGGAGUUUUGCGACUGUGCAAAGUUCUGGAGUUGGUUGGAAUGAUUUUGCUCGCAGAAGAUUGAGGAUGGAAGAACAAUCUGCAGCCAUAAGGUUUACACCUACCUCUAUUGAUAAUGUUUCUUUCAUAAUGUAAAUUUUUCAUGAUUUUCAGUGAUUUUCCCCUCUUGAUUGCAUGAGGAUUGCUGCAAAAACCACAGUUUAGAAAUUUUCAAUUCAGAAGUUGAGUAAUUUUGCAUUUAGUUUGUAUGCUUGAGAAAACCUUGGCUUUUCUGUAGGAGUCCAUAUCACAUUAUUCA